GCAUGGGCCAACAGAACUCCCCAGUACUUAAGUACUUGAAACAGAUGGUAAUAUAUUGUUUGAUACCGGUGGACGAGCCAUCUAACGUGGAUGAACAAAACUCUUGUAUGGUCAGAUGCUGGAAGCAGAUCACAAAAUGCUGGUCAGUUCCAGAGGAGGAGCCAUCCACGGACCAAGAUUUCCUCCCAGUACAAGGACUGAUUAUUCUUGAGAGGCUUGCUAACUUUGAUCUUGGAAACUGCAUGGAAAUCAGCAGAACAGGCCUCAUCUCAAAGAUGAUAGAUUUUACAAGCUACAGAAAUCAUAUGAUAAGUACUAAUGAAGCCCACCAAAUAAUGCUCGCAAGUUUGUCACUUAGGGUCCUGAGAAGACUUGCAAGUACUGAAGGGAAGUUAGGUGUAACUCUGCGACAACAGAUUUUGGAACAUACCUUCAUAUUGAGCAACCUUGCAGAGAUCAUGGAUGACAAUGGGAACAGCCAUGAACUGAAGCAGCUGGCAGCAGAAAUCCUGAAAAACCUUGCCAUGGAUAGAAACACUAGUGCAGACAUUGGGCACAUCCGAGUGAUCAUCAGCAGUUUGAUGCGUGCAUUUCUCAGCCAAGAUCCAUCCUCAAGUACAAAUUCUAAUCACUUGCUAUGGAAAAAUGCCGGUCAAGCACUGGCAAUGCUGGCAAUGGAAAGUAGAGAUAACUGUUUGGUAAUGUUAAUGGAACAAGGGUAUGUGUUCAUUAGACAACUUACAACUAUGAUGCAGGAUGACAGGUUCAAAUGUAUAGCAGCAAGCCUGUUGUGGAAUAUGUGCGAGCAUGCUCAAUCUGAGCUCAGCAACUCAGACCUUAAGGAAUUGUCUUACAUCUUACGAGAGGUGCUGGAAGGAAUAAUGGAUGCAGAAGGGGCAGAACUAGAGGUCCUUAUUGGCCUUAGUUCACAAAUAUGUCAAGUCAUUCCUGAAGACUUUGCCCGAGAAGUAGAGCAUGGUCAAAUUAAGGAAAAAUUCAUAAAGAGGCUUGUCGAAGUGCUUAAUGCACAUAUGAAACCCAGUGUUCAUUGUCCCAGAAUCAGGAGGGUGAUUGUUCAGCAUGCCAUAUACUUGAUGGAAUUCAAUUCUCGCUAUGCAAAUGAUUUCCACAAGUGCUGGAUGGUGGAAGCACUAUCAAUGGUGGAACGUACACCCUCGAGGGCUGAAAACUACAGGUUGCUUUCAGGCGACACAGGACUCAUGGAGCACAACACACCACUUACUGCUCUUGUGGCCAGAGCAAAAGAGCUGAUGGGUCGUGAAUGGGUACGGGGCAUCAGCAGUGUCACCUAA